AAAAUAUAAAAAUAGUUGUGUGUGCUUCUUGCCAUUCUCUUAAAUUUUAGAGAAAAGAACUAGUUAAUAAAGAUUUCAAAUAUAUGAACAGCAAAUUAGAAAUGUAAACAUCAAAAUUAAUCAAAACGUGGUGUCGUGUAUUAAAUGAACUCGAAAUAAAAUAAAAUAAAUAAAAGUCAGCAAAAUUAGCAUCAAUAAUAACAACAACUAUAAAAUGGCUGACGACGUGUAUGGUAAUUAUACACGUGUAAACACAAAAGGUCGUAGUGCGUCAAUAUGUGCACCGGGUUCAAGCAUGGAGACAUUAAUACAACAACAACAAUUGUUGCAGCAAACAGGUCAACAAAGUAUACCUGGCAGUGGACAAGGUACACCAACCAAACGUUCAACACCUGAACCCGGCACACCACCACCGUCAGGAAAUCGACGACGCGGUAAACCUGCAGCACGAUCACAAAGUGCACGUAUAACAAGCAGUCGUUCUGUACGACGUAAAACUACCACGCAAACGACUACUAUCAAUAAUAAUACUACGCAUCAUUCGACACAGCAUCAUGAAGUCACGUCAAAUCAAAUGAAACGUGACGGUGGAAGUCAUUAUAAUAGUGAACCACGUUUAUCGGAAACACCAGAGCCAUCACCGGGUAUACGUAGACGUGGAUCGAGACGCGGUGUUUCCGUGUAUCAGCAUCGAAAAUCAACAGCUUUCUUAGAUGUGCCAGAUAAUCGAACACAUGGUAGUCGCAGUGAUGAUGGAUCGAAUGCUGAUCCAGAUGAAGAUCCUGAUUCGUAUAGGCUUCGAUCGUUUAGUUCAACUUCUAAAGGAAUUGUAAAUCGUGGUGAUUCAUUUCGCCGUCGUCGAUCUCGUAGUUCGAGUUUAUGCCCAGGACAUCAUGCCUUACCGUUAUCAUUAGAUAGAGAAACUCCACCACGUUCACCAGGUGGUAUCCAUACAACAGUUGUUACUGAAGAAGAUACGACAACAAUAUCAAGAAGUAAUAUAAAUUUAAGUAAUAAUACAUUGAAUAAUCAUCGUUCAUCAUCUGAAGAUCAUGGCGAUAAACGUAAUGUUCAUGAUGAUGACGAAGAAACGAAAUGUUAUCAUGUAGCUCUGAUUGGUGCACCAGGCGUUGGAAAAACUGCAUUAAUUAGUCAAUUUAUGACAAGUGAAUGUAUAAAUGCGUAUGAUCGACAGAAAGAAAUUUCCGAGGAACAAACAGUUUCAAUAAUGUUAAAUGGUGAAGAGUCCGAAUUACAUUUCAUAAAUAUACAAAGUACAAAGGAUAUUGAGAAAACAAAUCAGCCAGAUGCAUAUGUUGUCAUUUAUUCAGUGGUAGAUCGAGCAAGCUAUACACGAGCAGAAACUGAUUUACGUACGUUACAUGAUUUGGGAAUGUUACGAGGUAAACCAAUACUAGUUGUGGCUAACAAAAUUGAUUUAGCCAGAAGUCGUGCAGUUACAUCACAAGAUGGAAAAUGCUUGGCUUGUACUUACCGUGCAAAAUUUAUUGAAAUCUCAGUUGGAAUAAACCAUAAUGUUGACGAAUUAUUAGUUGGAAUUUUGAGCCAAAUUCGUUUGAAAGAAGCGCAAGGCGGUGGUGGGCUUGGUCAUCACAGUCAACAAUGGUACAAAAGUCGUGGAGUUGUACGGGCAAGUAUGAAAGCACGACAAAUGUUUACGUGGAUAUUUGGAAAAGAAGACUCAAAAUUUAAAAAUUGCGAAAACUUACACAUUUUGUAGUUUAAACACUAGAAUAUAUUGUUUCAGUUUUAAUUGAUGUAAAAUAUUUGUAGACAUAAAAAUUAUUUUUU